UCUCUCUCUCUCUCUCUCUCUCUCUCUCUCUCUCUCUCUCUCUCUCUCAUGAUGAUAAUCUUGUGUAAAAAGUAUUUAAACCAACCCAAUUCACUCAUCACAAGGGCCGUACGAACGACAGAGGAAUAGAUCGUGUAAUAAAUAGAAAGGAAAAAAAAUGGAGGUGUAACUGGAGUGGAUCUGGCUAAUUUUUGCACAAGGUGAUCCUCGUGGUGGGGCCAACCUUUUGGACGUUUGGGAUGUGGCAUUUGCAUAAAAAGAUGAAAAUCAUCCACUGGUUGUACGGAAAAUCAUCAGUUCAACUGGUGGACGUAAGCAUCUUUGAACUAAAACAUGAGUUGGAUUUAAAUUUUAAACCGUGCAGAUUCAUGAAUACAUUGCCUUGUGAUUGAAUUAUACAAGAGAAGAUGGCCUGGUUAGUGGUGCGCUGGGAAGACAAUGAAUUAAAAUUUAAACCGUGCAGAUUCAUGGAUCCAUUGCCUUAUGAUUGAAUUAUAAAAGAGAAGAUGAUGAUCUGGUUGGUGGUGCGCUGGGAAGACAAUGAGAGUCGCAAUGCUACUCAACGUCUGACUCCAGAGUAAACAAAUAUAAAGAACGGUUGGCUGUUGGAAAGCAGGUUGCAAGAUCCCCUAAUUCAGAUGAAGAGCUACAUCAACCAUCACAUCUCUUACAUGGACACGAGGGGUCCAAGAUUCUUGCUGUCUCCUCUCUCUCUCUCUCUCUCUCUCUCUCUCUCUCUCUCUCUCUCUCUCUACUGUUAUAAGAAGAGCCAAGAACAAGCAGAUGGCAUAAUUAUCAUCCUCUCUUCCAAUUUUUCUGAGUUUGGGUGCAAGGAAAACAAAGAUGGCUGUUUCUUCUUCUGCAAUACCCGAAAAUCCACACCAUGUUCGAUCCAUGAGCAUGCCCUCCCAAUCCCAUCCCCUUGCGCUCAAUCUAGAAGAGGAGAUCAUCAAGCUAAAGACUUGGGUGUCGUUUUCGUCCUCAACCUCCUCUUUAACUGCUGAAAUGAUUUGCAAUGGCUUAGGUCACCUCAAAUGCUUGUAUGAUAGCGUUGAUGAUAUUCUUCAAUUGCCGCUCUCCCAACAAGCUCUCGUAUAUCACCAGCACCAGAAAUGGGCCGAAGAGGUGUUGGAUAAAUCGGUUAGAUUGUUGGACAUAUGUGGCACAACAAGGGACAUCUUAUCACAGACCAAGGAAAGUGUGAAAGAUCUUCGAUCAGCUCUUCGUAGAAGAGGUGGGGAUUUGUGCUUGGAAAGCAAAGUCAGAUCAUACAUUUGCUCAAGAAAGAAGAUGACGAAAGAUAUCUGCAAGUGCAUUGGAGCGUUGAAGCAAAUGGAUAAGAAACACGGUUCCACAUCUCUCUUGGAUCAAGACCCAGAUCUAUCAAUUGUGGGAGAUGUUAUGUCCAUCACCAUCUCCGUCUUACAGGCCAUCCUGUCAUUCAUGUCCACAUCAGCGCAGAAACCAAAGCCUAGAAAAUGGUUGCUGGUUUCAAAAUUGAUGCAUAAGGGGCAAGUUGCAUGUGAAGAGGACGAUGCAAGUGAUGUUAAUGAAGUUGAGAGUGCAGAUACGGCACUCUUUGCUCUCUCUGGGCAAACUCGGAUCAAAGGCAUUGAAAUAGAGAAGGUGAACAAGGCCCUGAAACGAUUGGAGGGAAUGGAGAUCAGCAUUGAUGGUGUUGAGGCUCAACUAGAGUGCAUGUUUCGAUGCAUGAUACAAACCAGAGUCUCUCUCCUUAACAUAAUCACCCACUAGAUAUCUCAUCAGCUAUUAUUACCCUCUUGAACCGUCCAUGGCAUCCAAAUUUUUAAAGGAUUUGUCAAUGGAUUCAAGUCUCCUAGUAUCCAUUACUGUACAUGAAUGUAAAAUGUAAACUAUAGAUUUGCAAUUCAAAUACAUGAUAUU